AGGGCGGAGGGAGGUAACGGAGCGUCUGCCGGGCCUGUGAUGAGUCUCCCAGCCGGCGGGGGCUGAGUUGGGCGACAGCCCGGGGACGAUGGUGCUCGGACCGUCGGCCCCGCAUCGAGAGUCCGAGCGCUGCCGCUGAAGGGCCGCAGGUGAUGGGGCAGGUGCUGGGGUUCGGACACUGCAAGGAAUCUGCCUCGACCGUCUCCACCACUCCAGAUUCCACCCCUUCCUCCACCGAAGGUGUCAGUGAGGACUACUUGGAACCCCAGACGGCACAAGACCUGUCGGACGACGAUGCUCCGACGGACACCUCCCUGUACUGGGACACCCCACGGCAGCUGUCGCUGGACUCGGCCUUGUUGUGUGGAGCUCCCCUCGUUCAGGCUGGCUGCUUCCCGGCCACCUUCCCAUCCAGCAGCCUGUCGGACCUCGCCGGGAGGGGUUUCGGAGACGGAGGCAGUGGCUGUGGGGUCCCAGCGACCGACGUACUCCACAGGACUAAAAAGCAACCUUCUGCGCCCAGGGGUUUAGUCCGAACUGAGACAAUCGAGACCUUUCUGGCAGAAGAGAAGGACGAAGUGGAGGAAUAUCACAUCCAUCCGCCCGGAAUGACGGAGCAGGAGGAGAGGGAAGGCGUAUCUGAACUAAGGGAGGGAGCAGACUGGGACCCAUCGCCGUCCAGCCCCGUUCCCUUUGCUCCAGGAGCGUUGCUGCUCAGCCAAGACUCUGAGGAGACUGAGGUACCAACACUGGGCCUUGGUGAGACCACAACAGAAACACAAAUUGAUCCAGUGGGGACCUCCAGUGAACAGAAGGAUCCCGAGGGCCCUGAGGUGGAGGGAGAGCUGUCUGUGGAAAGCACUGUCUCCAACAAGGUGGAGAUGGAGCUCACAGAGGUCCUUGGAGUGAUGUUACUAGCUACUGAGCCCCAGCUGCCGAGGGUGACGGAGGAAGAGCUGCCAUCUUCAGACCCACACGUCUCAGGGUCAGAGGAAGAGGAGAUGGCAGUGCUGGACCACGGAGGAGGCAUGGGCACGCCAGAUGCGGUGCAGGCGGUGAGCUUGGCUGGUACGUUGAUGCCCACGGGAGAGGCGGGCAUUGUGGACGGUGCGCCGCUGGGAGGAAGUGACAUCAGCGCCCUCAGCAGUGACGCCAUUGGACGGCAGCUCCCAGCCAUCCAGGUCACAACGGGCCACGAAUCUCAGGAAGAGAUGGAUGAUGAAGCACAGGCAGAGAGCAGGCAGUUACCGUGGCAACACAGUGCCUUGGAGCAAUCAGAUCAUCGCAAAACUGAGGUCUUCAAGGCAGCAGACCAAUCGGAUCCCAAACCUGGCCACAAUGGGCAGAGUGGCCAUCUGCACCAUUACACUGAGGUUCUGAGAAUCCAAGGAAGAGUUCCAGCGCUGAAAGGGUUACGUCACUGGAAGAAGGGUGUUGCCGGGCAACGCUCCGUCUGCGACGUGAUUGGCGGCGGAGGAUACUGCAGCAUUCACAAAGCCGGCUGGUCUCGGCCAGCUCCAGCAUCAGGCGGGGGUCUGCUGCCCCAGCCCUGCCCAGCAAGCUCCCACUGCAGCACCCGAGACUGCCCCAACAUGGAGGCGCGGUCUGAGUGUCCCGGGAUGGAGAGCGUGUGGAACUCGAUCCUCCGCAGGGAAAAGGUGAUUGACCUUCUGUACUGGGAGGAUGUGAAGAAGACGGGCACCCUAUUCGGUGCCGUCAUCCUCACCCUGUUCUCUCUCACCCAGUUCAGCAGUAUCAGUGUGCUGGCAUACCUGGUCCUCUCUGCGCUGUCCGUCACCAUCAGUCUCCGACUCUACACGUCUGUCUUACACCUGAUCUACAAAACACAGGAGGUCCAUCCAUUCCAGAGCUACCUUGAUUUGGACAUCAGCCUCUCACAGGAGCAGUUACGGAAAUAUUCAGAAACACUGAUGUCUUAUCUAACCAGCACCAUCAACCACCUCCGCCGGCUCAUCCUGGUCGAGGAUCUGCUCGACUCUCUGAAGUUCGGAGUCCUGCUGUGGUUGCUGACGUACAUCGGGGCGCUGUUCAAUGGACUCACCCUCACCAUUCUGGUGGUGGUUGGUGCCUUCAUCAUUCCCCUGAUAUACAGGAAACACAAGGUGCAGAUUAACCAAUACCUGGGGCUCCUGAGAGGACAGAUCAAGGACGUGACAGCAAAAAUCCAAGCCAAGCUCCCGGGAUCGAGACCCAAAGCAGAAUAACAGGAGAAGAGCUGAAACUGUGGCUGGAACCCAGGUCUGGGACCCAACAAUCCAACCGAUGUUUAUCAAUGAAAGUCUUAACCUGCCAGCAGUAAGAGCAUCGACACUGGACGCAGUGAAUUCGGAGACUUAAAUACACCCCAUGCCAAGCACUGAAGACCUCCCCCUUCGCGUGAAGUACACCUGGUUUAAUGUGGGUUCAGGCCCAAGUCUCUGAAGGAAGCAACCUGGCCACAUCGAUACCACGUGUCCUCGUGUGAUCUGGGGAAAUUGGGGAUGCCAUUUAUGAGGGAAUGGUGGGGAUUUUAGACUGGGUUUGGGGCACUAGGGGGUUGUUGGAUGGUGGGGUUUCAAUGGAAAGGGCUCAGUGGGCAAGUGAGGGGGUGGUUG